CUCUUAAUUCUAUCAUCAUCUUCACAUAAAAUGUCUUUAGCUCCUGUUAACAUUUUUCAAGAUCAGGCAACUGAAGAAAGGGCUGAGAAUGCUCGUUUGUCAUCUUUCAUUGGUGCCAUUGCUGUAGGUGAUCUUGUUAAAAGUACUCUUGGUCCCAAGGGCAUGGACAAAAUUCUUCAAUCAGCCUCAAAUGGUGAGAUUUUGGUUACUAAUGAUGGUGCAACUAUUUUAAAAUCAAUUGCAUUGGAUAAUGCAGCUGCAAAAGUGCUUGUAAAUAUAUCUAAAGUGCAAGAUGAUGAAGUAGGUGAUGGUACAACAUCUGUUUGUGUCCUAGCUGCUGAGCUUUUAAGAGAAGCAGAACAUUUAGUCAAUCAGCAUAUUCAUCCUCAAACAAUUAUUGAAGGUUAUCGUCUUGCUUCUGCUGCUGCAUAUAAGACUUUGGAAGCAAGUGCUGUUGAUCAUAGCAAAGAUAAAGAACUUUUCCGUCAAGAUUUGAUUAAUAUUGCAAAGACAACACUUAGUUCAAAAGUAUUGUCUCAAGAUAAAGAAUAUUUCUCUAAAUUAGCUGUCGAUGCUGUCCUCCGUCUUAAGGGUUCUACUAAUCUUGAAAAUAUCCAAAUCAUUAAAAAGCCCGGAGGAAAAUUGACUGAUUCAUAUUUAGAUGAAGGCUUUAUUUUGGAUAAAAAGUUUGGUGUUAAUUGUCCUAAACGUAUUGAAAAUGCAAAGAUUUUGGUUGCUAAUACAUCUAUGGACACUGACAAAAUUAAGAUCUUUGGUGCACGUGUACGUGUUGAUGCUACAGGUAAACUUGCCGAACUCGAACGUGCAGAACGUAACAAGAUGAAAGAAAAAGUUGAAAAAAUUAAGGCACACGGUAUCAACUGUUUCGUUAAUCGUCAAUUGAUCUAUAACUGGCCUGAACAAUUAUUAGCUGAUGCAGGUAUUGCUACUAUUGAGCAUGCUGAUUUUGAAGGAGUUGAACGUUUAGCAUUGGUGACAGGAGGUGAAAUUACUUCUACUUUUGAUCAUCCAGAACUUGUCAAGUUAGGACAUUGUGAUUUGAUUGAGGAAGUAAUUAUUGGCGAAGAUAAAUUGAUUAAAUUCUCUGGAGUUGCAGCUGGUGAAGCCUGUACUAUCGUUCUUCGUGGUGCCACUCAACAAUUAUUAGAUGAAGCAGAAAGAUCACUUCAUGACGCACUCUCCGUUCUCUCACAAACAGUUUGUGAACCUCGUACUGUCUUGGGUGGUGGAUGUUCUGAAAUGUUAAUGUCUAAGGCUGUUGAUGAGGUAGCAGCAAAGACAGCUGGUAAGAAAGCUAUUGCUGCUGAAUCUUUCUCAAAAGCACUUCGUCAAAUGCCUACUAUAUUGGCUGAUAAUGCAGGUUUUGAUUCUUCAGAACUAGUCUCUCAAUUAAGAGCCGCCCAUUAUGAAGGUAAAAAAACAGCUGGUUUAGACAUGGUCAAUGGAACAGUGUCUGAUGUUAGAGAAUUGGGUAUUACUGAGUCAUUUAAACUUAAGAAACAAGUACUUUUAUCUGCUUCAGAAGCUGCUGAAAUGAUUUUAAGAGUUGAUAAUAUUAUUAGAUGUGCUCCUCGCCAAAGACAAGGAUAAAUAAAUAAUAUGAAUAAAUAAAUAAAAUGUUAAUUAUAUCAAGCUCAUGUAUAAUAUAAUGCUUAUUCAAGAAUGUACUUUAAGUAAAGAUUACUGCGAAAAGAAACACACACGCACAAUUCUCACUAAUCCAUGUGCCAAUCUAUGCAUAACUAAUAAAGCCAUUUAUUAGAAUUUUUUUUUAGGCUUAUUGACUGACUAAUAAUAGAAUCAGCUGCUCUUGCAUUAUAAUAAACCUAACGAAACUGAGUAUUGAAAAAUCUAUUCUGCAAUUAGUAAUAGCUAAACAACUUGUUCUAUAUCACCCAGUCAUGUUAAUUAUACUACUAUUAUUGAAGCAAUCAUAA